UGUGCAGGGAGGGGUUCUGAGAUCAAUCACCGACGUUUCCAGUUUGCUUGUCUGAGACCCCGAAGAACUGCAGGAAGUAUAAUGCUAGAUAGACCAGUAGUCUGAUUUGCUGUAAGGCAACUUCAUAGAUUCAUUUCGAGGGGUGGAAAGUGGCUAAGUGGUAGAGCACAUUUUAUUUAUUUAUGAUAUCUAUAGCCUGCCUUUCACACUGAGACUCGAGGCAGAUUACACAUUGUAAAUUAAUACGAUCAAUGGCUGGGGCAUUCAUUAAACAAUACAAUAGGGUAUGGAUUACAGAAUUUUUUCAGAGAAGCAUAAAGUCAAAUGCAGAGAUAAAACAUUGCUAACACAUAACAAUUAAUUUGGCAAGACACAUUAAAAAAUAUAGAAACUGCUCACUAGGAGCAUAUCUACAUCAACAGACAAUCUACAGUCCCUGUACCUUUACCAAAGGAUCUCUUUGAGCCAUUUCUUACCUGAGUAAAAAAGCCCUCCUGAACAAUUCAAUUUUGCAUAGUUUGUGGAAAAUCAAGAGAAUGAGAGCUUUCCUGACCUCUUCAGGCAGGACAUUCCACAAGGUGGGGGCCAUCACAGAGAAGGUGAAUGUAUGGUAAGGUAAAGGUUUUGUUAAAGUAUUUAGAAGAAAUGCCAUUGGGAACAUUUCUUUAAUACUGGAGUUCCUUCUUCUCUCCAUCCAUCGCAAUGCCUCUUUCUGACUUUAUUUUGGCACUCAAAGAUAAUCCAUACUUUGGGGCAGGCUUUGGCCUGGUGGGUGUAGGCACAGCACUGGCUCUUGUCCGUAAGGGGGCCCAAUUUGGCAUGGUGGCUUUCAGGCGGCACUGCAUGAUCACUCUGGAGGUACCAAGCAAGGAUAAAAGCUAUUUUUGGUUGCUAAGCUGGAUCUCUCACCAUGCCAAGCACACCCAGCAUCUGAGUGUGGAAACCUCUUACCUGCAGCAUGAAAGUGGCCGUGUCAGCACCAAGUUUGACUUUAUCCCCAGUCCAGGGAACCAUUUCAUAUGGUAUAAAAGGAAGUGGAUCCGCAUAGAACGAAACCGGGAGAAACAAAUGAUUGAUUUGCACACAGGCACCCCAUGGGAGUCUGUCACCUUUACAGCAGUAGGCACCAACCGGGAGAUUUUCUUCAACAUCCUGCAGGAAGCCAAAGAAUUGGCCCUGAGGGAGCAAGAAGGAAAGACAGUCAUGUACACAGCCAUGGGUGCAGAAUGGAGGCAGUUUGGUUUCCCACGGCGCCGGCGCCCACUGACUUCUGUGGUGCUUGAUGAAGGAGUUUCGGAGCGGAUUGUGCAGGAUGUGAAAGAGUUCAUUGGCAACCCAAAGUGGUACAUUGAGCGAGGUAUUCCCUAUCGGAGAGGAUACCUGUUGUAUGGGCCCCCAGGCUGUGGGAAGAGUAGCUUCAUCACUGCCUUGGCUGGGGAAUUGCAGUACAGCAUCUGUCUGCUGAGCCUGAGUGACCGCAGCCUUUCAGAUGAUCGCCUCAACCACUUACUGAGUGUAGCACCUCAGCAGAGUAUCAUUCUCCUGGAAGAUGUGGAUGCUGCCUUCAUCAGCCGAGACCUGGCUGCUGAAAAUCCGAAUACAUACCAAGGCAUGGGACGCUUGACCUUCAGUGGCCUUCUCAACGCACUGGAUGGUGUAGCUUCAUCUGAAGCCAGGAUAGUAUUCAUGACCACCAACCAUGUGGACAGACUGGAUCCAGCUUUGGUUCGCCCUGGCCGGGUUGAUUUGAAGCAGUAUGUGGGACACUGUUCGCAGUGGCAGCUUGAGCGCAUGUUCCAGAGGUUCUAUCCAGACCAGCCACUAGCUGUGGCCAAGCAGUUUGCUGAACGAGGCCUGUCAGUCUCUGAACAGAUCAGUGCUGCACAAGUGCAAGGUCAUUUCAUGCAGCACAAGGCAGAUCCAGAUGGAGCCAUUAAAAACAUACAAGCUCUUGUGUCCUGAUCAUGGGCAAGCACUGAGAAAACUCUGUGUGUGACAUUCCUGCAGGUGGUGGGGAGUUGUUGCAGAGGCAAUUCACGCAGAACAUACUAGCCGCAAGGAUGAUGCUGUGUAUCUAUUGACCUCAAUGAUAAGGACGUCAGUGAUAAGGAAAAUAAAAGAGUAAACCAAAAACUUUCCCCACCCACCUUCACAGAUCUGUACUGCAGGUUGUACUGUGCUGAUGGGAUUUGCCUGCCUGCUUUAGUGGGUGAGACUAAAUAUAUCUUUAUAAGGCUGCAGGGUUUGGUAGAUCAGCAUAUGGAACAGAGAAGGUUUGAUUUACUGCCUUCCACCCUCCCCCCCCCCAUUAACUGGUCACUGAGAACUGUGUGAGUCCGUAAGUAGACAAGGCCUGAUAUCUAAUCCUGCCAGGUACCGAAGGGAACCAGGGAAGAUGAGCCUAGUUUUCAUCCUCUGAAGACCGGAAUAAAGUUGCUU